GCUUAGGAUGGUCCAUGACACUCAUCUCACUAACGGUCAGCAUCUACUACUGUGUAAUCAUCGCGUGGGGCUUUCUUUAUCUUUAUUCUGCCGUAACUGGUCAGAUGCCAACAUGGGGAAGCUGCUAUAAUUCUUGGAAUGAUAUCUGUGACUUCCUACCACGGGAAGUCCCAGUCGUAGAGCAGAACCAUAUGCUUGGUUGCGAGAUUUGCGAGAUCCACCAAGGCACAGGCCUAAAAGAUUGCACCGAUGAGGAGCUGAUGAAAGAGUGCGCUCGAAAAGAUCCAUACCACCCAAUUGCUUUUAACGGAUCUUGUAUAGCAAUGGUCUUCAAGGAAAUGAAAACACCAUUCGACCAAUAUUUCACGAAUGUGGUAACAAAAAGAUCGGAUGGAAUAGACCAGAUAGGCGACAUUAAUUGGCCAACACUGACAGCUCUAGCAGUAAUGUGGACGACUGUAAUUUUAAUAUUGGUGAAAGGUUACGAAUACAUGGGUAAAGUAGCCUACGUUACUUCAACAGUUCCUUAUUUAAUAAUUGUGGUUUUAUUUGUUCGUGGAAUCACGUUGGAAGGCGCUUCUGAAGGAGUUUAUUACUACCUUGGGAAACCAGAUUUUAACAGAUUACUGAAUCAUGAGACGUGGUCGGCAGCUCUUGUACAGAUUUGUUUCUCAUUGAACGUUGGUUACGGUGGCAUUAUUGUGUUGGCAUCCUACAAUGCACAAUAUAACAAUUGCUACAGGGAUGCUUGGCUCGUGAUCUGGGGCGUUUUGAUUAUGAGUGUUUUUGGAGGAGUUGCUGUAUUUGCAACGUUAGGCUAUCUUUCCCAUCAACUUCGCAAACCUAUCGAUGAGGUGGUGUCUAGCGCGUUUGUCGCCUAUCCCGAGGCCAUGUCAAAAAUGCCGUAUCCAUCAGUAUGGGCUUCGUGCUUCUUUGCCAUGCUGUUCUGCUUGGGUAUUAGCUCAGAAGUCGCUUUUGCCGAAACCAUUUGCACAAACAUCUACGAUCAGUGGCCGUAUACUCGAAAAUUUAAAUGGUUUGUGUCGCUAUGUACCUGUGUGAUUCUAUUUGCUUGCGGUGUAAUUAUGACAACUGAAAGCGGCUUCUUCUGGUUUACAGUAUUUGAUUCAUACUGUGCCUCAACUUCUGCUUGUGUCGUCAUUGUAGCAGAAGUGCUGGUCUUCAUAUACGUCUACGGGUUUUCAAAUAUCCGACAGGACGCUCGCGAAAUGUUUGGGGAACCGCGUGACGAUCCAUUAUCACGAUUAUUCGAGCCAGCAGCUCCUUUAUGGGCAUUCUGUUGGAAGUUCGUUACACCGGCAAUGGGACUAAUCAUCAUGGUCUUCACAGUGAUUCGGGAUGAAUUAACCGUUGAACAUCGUUCAAAGACAUACACAUUUCCUCGUUGGGCGUUGGGUUUCGGAUGGUUUUUGAGCUUGAUACCUUUGGUUCCGAUACCAAUAUAUUUUGUGGCGAACGUAAUCGAAUGGAAAAGGCAUGGACGGCCAUUAAAAACUCUGUUCACCAUUCAGCCGAGUUUGGUAUCUUACAAACGAAUUCAUGGUCUAGCUGAUUACGGUAUAUUACCGAAGGAUUACGAGUCUUCGAGAUCAUCCACUAUAUCGUCAACUAUAUCGUCAACUAGCUCUAGCUCGAUCCGAUCUGACAGAAAGACCGUUGAGUCCGCCGAGGACGAUCGAUAA